AUGUCUGACCCAAACGUUGCCGACUUUUGGAAAGAAGUCGAACGUCAAAAGGAGCUGAAGAAUCAGAUCGAUAUCGCAUGGGCUGAAGGGAUAUUACAGUCCGCUAGAGCAACAACUGACGGAGUUGUGAAUGCAAUCAAGACAACUAAUGAAAUACACCAGCAAAAUCUUUUAUCUUUGCUCCCGGCGGGAUACAUCCCAGCAGUUGGCUUGAAAUCAGGCGAACAGACUACAAAGUUAGAUUCCUCAUUUGAGUAUACUCCGACUACACGGUUGGAUUCCUCGUCUGAGUAUACUCCGUUAGAUUCCUCAUCCGAAUAUAUUCCUUCUGAGGAAUCAGAGGAGGAGGAUGAAUUUGAGCUUAUUCCAGUAAGGUGUAAAAAGACAAAGUUGAAGUUAAAUGAGUCACCAUCCUUUCCUUCUCCUCAAUUGCCUGGGCAGUCUAUCCGGCUCAUUCCAACUGAUACCAAGGACAAUAAUAUAAAGGAGGGUAGCUGUAAGGAGAUUCAAGAGACCAGAAGCAAUAAUCACAUCGAUCAACGGCAGAGUUCACAACAUGAAGUGGAUCCUUCGGAUGUAAACACUAACGAUGAAGCGGAUCUUCCAGAGACUUGUGAAAAAAAUGAGAUAGAGUUAUUUCAAGGGCCUCAAGAGAUCGGAAGCAAUAAUCACAUCGAUCAACGGCAGAGUUCACAACACGAAGUAGAUCCUCCGGGUUUAAGCACUAAUGAUGAAAUGGAUCUUGAGACUUGUGAAGAGGUUGGAGAAAAUGAAAUGGAUUUAGACCUUCAAGAACCAUCUAUUGUUUGCAUCGCUGAGAGUAAUUCAGAAGGUCUAGAGUGGGAUGAUGUAAUGCGGAAGGUAGAAGCGUACCGUAAACAACUAAAAAAGACAAAAUAUGCUUUUGAUUAUUUUGCAUAA